AUGAGUGGUAAAGCAAAUCCGCCGGAGUUGAAAAAAUUUAUGGAUCAUCGCUGUCAAUUAAGAUUAAAUGGAAAUCGUACGGUUGUUGGGGUGUUACGAGGCUUCGAUCCAUUUAUGAACUUGGUUAUUGAUGAAGCACAAGAACAUACAAAAAACGGUGAAAAAAGACCGAUUGGAAUGGUUGUGGCCAGAGGCAAUAGUGUGGUCAUGAUUGAAGCAUUGGAUCGUCUGGGCUAA